AUGCCAGGGACUUUGAUAGCUUUGGCAACUCUGGUCUUCUUCAGCCACCUCUUUCCCAUUGCCACUUCUUUCCAACCGGACCUGGUGCGGGACAUGGCUAAGGUUCUCCAGGAAAACUAUUGCUUCCCAGAAAACCUAGUUGGUAUGCAGGAAGCCAUACAGCAGGCGAUCAGCAGUGGGGAGAUCCUGCACAUAUCAGAUCGGCGGACUCUGGCGGCCAUGCUGACCACUGGAGUGCAGGGUGCACUCAAUGACCCCCGACUUAGCAUCACCUACGAGCCCGACUACAUCCCUGUGGCGCCAUCUGCUCUACCCCCGCUCCCGCCAGAGCAGCUCUUCAGCGCCAUCCAGAGUUCUAUCAAGGCAGAGGUCCUGGAGGGCAAUGUGGGAUACCUGAGGAUUGAUCGUGUGAUCGGAAAGGACAUUGCUGAGAAGAUUGGGCCCCUCCUCUUGGACGCCAUCUGGGAUAGGGUGGUCCACACCUCCUCGCUGAUCCUCGACCUCCGCUAUUGUGCUAGAGGGGAAAUGUCCGGCAUCCCAUACAUUGUUUCGUACCUCAUGGAUGCCGAACCUCCUAUUCACCUUGACACCGUGUAUGACCGUCCUUUCAACACCACAACGGAGCUUUGGACUAGGCCCACAGUCGUGGGAGAGAGGUACGGAAAGGGGAAAGACGUGAUGGUCCUCACCAGCAAGGGUACCAUGGGUGUCUCUGAGGGGCUGGCCUAUGCCCUGAAGCAUCUGAAGAGGGCCAUUAUUGUUGGUGAAAGGUCCGCAGGGGGCUCUGUCAAAAUCGAGAAACUGAGGAUUGGAGAAUCUGAUUUUUAUAUGACAGUCCCCGUCGCCAGAGCAAUUAGCCCAGUAACCGGAAGGAGCUGGGAGGUAGGCGGAGUCCUGCCAAACGUGCGCUUGCAUGCUAAAGAGGCCGUUGACAGAGCCAUAUCUCUCAUUGAGAUCCGAAGAGCAAUUCCAAAAAUAAUCCAGAACGUCACUGAUAUAAUCAAAAGCUUCUAUUCAUUUACAGAUAAGGUCCCAACCAUCCUUCAACAUCUUUCAUCUAUAGAUUUAUUUGAAAUCAUUUCAGAAGAAGACUUAGCCUCAAAGCUAAACUAUGAAUUACAGACUGUAUCCAAUGAUCCCCGUUUGAUUGUUAAAGUGCCGGCUGAACCCCCCGUCAUUAUCGAGGAGGCUUCAGAGCCAGGAAAAAUUCCCAACAAUACAUCGUUCCUUGAGGUUUUGGUGGACAACCUUUUUCAGGUGACCGUCCUUCCAGGGAACACUGGUUACCUCCGCUUUGAUGAAUUCGGCGAGGCCAGUAUGCUAGCCAGACUGGGAGAGCAGAUUGUAAAAAAGGUGUGGGACCCGAUUAAAGACACAGACAACCUUGUCAUUGACCUGCGCUUCAACAUGGGGGGGUCAUCAGCGGCUGUGCCCAUUCUGCUGUCAUACCUCUUUGACUCGACUCCAGCGGUUCAUUUCUUCACCAUCUAUAACCGGAUUAGUAACUCUACCACUGAGUUCCACACCUUGCCCAACCUUCUGGAUACACCUUAUGGUUCAAGACGCGGGGUUUAUGUGCUCACAAGCCACCACACAGCGACGGCAGGUGAGGAGUUUGCAUAUCUUAUGCAGACACUCCACCGGGCUACAGUCAUUGGCGAAAUCACAUCAGGGACCCUUCUGCACUCCAAAUCUCUCCAAGUUGAAGACACAAACAUUGUUGUCACUGUCCCAUUCAUAAACUUCAUCAACAACAAUGGAGAGUGCUGGCUAGGAGGAGGUGUUGUCCCGGAUGCCAUUGUUUUAGCUGAAGAGGCACUGGAGAAAGCUUAUGAGGUCAUCAAGUUCCAUCAGGAAAUCCAUUCUUUGGUGGAGGGGACAGGAGAGCUGUUGGAGGUCCACUAUGCUAUCCCAGAGGUUGCUGCGAAAGUCAGGAAGGUCCUAAUGUCAAAGUGGGCCGAGGGCUUGUAUCGAUCUGUGGUGGACUAUGAGUCACUAGCCUCCCAGCUCACAGCUGAUCUCCAGGAAAUGACAGGCGACCACCGCUUAGGCAUUUUCUAUUGUGACGCUGGGCCUGAGUCCUUCCAAGAGGUGCCUAAAAUCCCCACCCCCGAGGAGGUACAACAUGUUGUGGAUGCCAUUUUCAGGGUCGAGGUCCUGCCAGGAAAUGUGGGCUACCUGAGGUUUGACAUGAUGGCAGAUGCUGAGGUUCUGAAGGCGGUAAGCCCCCAGCUUCUGGACCUUGUUUGGAACAAAUUGGUCAGCACCGAUGCCUUGAUCGUUGACAUGCGGUACAACACCGAUGGCAACUCCACCGCUGUCCCUCUCCUCUGCACAUACUUCUUCAACACAAAGCCACUCCGGCAUCUCUACACUGUGUUUGAUCGCUCCACAACAACCAUGACAGAUGUCACGACUCUGCCCGAGGUGCUGGGCCAGAGAUAUGGGACAAAAAAGGACGUGUACAUACUCACCAGUCACAUGACAGGGUCCGCAGCAGAGGUCUUCACGAGAACCAUGAAGGACCUGAACAGAGCUUUGGUCAUUGGAGAGCCAACCACUGGGGGCUCCCUGUCGAGUGUUAUCUAUCGGAUUGGGAAGAGCAUCCUGUAUGCAUCCAUUCCAAAUCGAGUAGUUUUAAGUGCAGUGACUGGCAAAGUUUGGAGUGUCUCAGGAGUUGAGCCACAUAUUGCAGCCCAGGCUAAUGACGCUCUGAAUGUGGCCCAAAAAAUAAUAGCCCUCCGAUCCCAGAUCCCGGCCGUUGUCCAGGCGGCGGCUGGCCUGGUGGCUGAGAACUACGCCUUCGCACAGAUCGGGGAGGACGUGGCUGGGAAGCUGAAGGGGCUUUUGGAGAAGGGUCACUACGGCAUGGUCAACUCUGAGGAGGAGUUGAAGGCUAAGCUCUCGGCUGACCUCAUUGAGCUGUCUGGAGACAAAAACCUGAAGACCGCGGGCAAUACCCUCGCUAUGCUCCCUCUUGAGAAUCCAACACCCGAGAUGUUGGCCGAUCUGAUCAAGCUCUCCUUCCACACGGAUGUGCUGGAGAACAACAUCGGCUACCUUCGCUUCGACAUGUUCGGCGACUUCGACCAAGUCGCCGCCGUAGCCCAGAUCAUUGUGGAGCACAUCUGGAGCAAGAUUGUGCACACAGAUGCCUUGGUCCUAGACCUCAGGUACAACAUAGGUGGACCCACCUCCUCCAUUGCAGGCUUCUGUUCUUAUUUUUUUGACGCGGACAAACAAAUCCUGUUGGACAAACUGUACAACAGACGCACUGACGCCAUCAGUGAAAUGUGGACCCUGCCAGAUCUCACAGGCCCACGCUACGGACUGAAAAAGAGCCUGAUCAUCCUCACGAGCGAGGUGACCUCCGGGGCCGCGGAAGAGUUCGUUUACAUCAUGAAGAAGGUCGGCAGGGCCAUGAUCGUCGGGGAGGUGACCAACGGGGGCAGCCACCCGCCAGAGAAGUUCCGCGUGGGCAAGACGGACGUCUUCCUGAGCAUUCCCGUCAUCCACUCGGACACCGCGCAGGGACCCGCCUGGGAGGGCGCCGGAAUCAGCCCGCACAUCCCCGUACCCGCGGAUUCCGCCCUGGACAAGGCCAAAGAGAUCCUCAGCACGCACUUGGCCGGCCGGAAAUGAAUUGUCCGUGCCAGUCGAGAGAAAGGCAGCCAAAGGGUUUAAUGCGUAAACUCCCAGGUAAUUGUUGUGUCUGUUCAGGUUGGGAAGGCCAGCCUCAACACCUCAGCCUUCCCAAGCGUGUUGCUUUAGCGUUUUGAGCCUGGUAAUGUAUCAGACAUGGCCGUAGUCUUUCUUUUUUUUUUUCAAAACAUUCUACUUGGCAAUGACAAUUCUAGAAAAAUAAGGUUGAGGGUAGGCUAUAGCAUGCGUGGUGUUCUGUGGAUUCGGCACUUAAUUUGUUAACAUGUCAUUUAAUGUGUAGCUGAAAUGAGGAUAAAAUGUGUUUAAUCCACACAGACCUUAUCCAUGUUGAUUUCUUACUAUUUUUAGCUUAGAUAUAAUUUAUGUAACUGGUAGAAAUUGGACAUAAAUGUAUUAAUUUUGCUGUUAACCAGAACCACCAAGCCUUUCUUUGACAGAGAAGAAAGAAAUCGACAAAGACUUAUUCCAGGGUUCCUCAGGAAUUUAAAUAUUUUGUGUGAAAAUUGUUAUUUAUUACAAUCUACCGACAUAAACAUUUUUAAACUAAUGUAAUUAUGUGUGCUUUGCCAUUCUUAUAAUUAACACUACUUUACUGAUAAUUACUGCUGUGGAUUAUUCAAAUGAUUUUCCCUGAUUUGAAUAUUUGAAUGUUAAUGUUCGAAGCGGGUGUGUAUUUCUUAUGAAUGGAGGUUGGAAUGUGUUCAUGGGUUUGGGCAGUUUGGGUUGUAUCACUUCCAAAUGUGGUAAAAACACAAUAAAGAUAAUACAUUU